CUAAAGUCAAAUCCAACGAGAAGGCAGCCUAAGCCAAGUACCAAAGCCUUAUUGUAGCCUAAGCCGAAACCAGAAGAAGCAGUCCUAUAGAAAAAAUAAAUGGAGAAGGGUAAAGGAGUGAUGGGGUACGGCCGAAGAUGGGCCGUCGAUUUCUCCGAUAAUUCCACCGCUCCUUCCUCUCGUGACAUCCCCGAUCCUCCCGGCUUCACUCGUGCUUCGGUGGAUCAGGACGAGUCGGCUGUGAGUCGCCAAAAGAAGGAUGCCGAAUCCAAUUGGAAAGCGCAGAAAGCUUGGGAAGUGGCACAAGCGCCUUUCAAGAAUUUGCUAAUGAUGGGCUUCAUGAUGUGGAUGGCUGGAAGUACAGUGCAUCUCUUCAGCAUUGGUAUCACUUUUUCAGCACUCUGGCAGCCUAUUAGUGCUCUUCAAGGGGUUGGGAAAGUUUUUGAGCCUUUUAAAGAUAAUAAAGUAGAUCUUCUUGGGCCUAAGUUGCUUUUCAUUGCCCUUAAUUUGGGUGGUUUAGCACUUGGUGUUUGGAAGCUUAACACAUUGGGGCUUCUUCCAACACAUGCAUCAGACUGGGUAUCAUCCUUACCCCCAGCUCAGGAGGUUGAGUAUUCGGGCGGGGGUAUUCCUCUGCAAUAAUGUGCUCGUUCAUCAUUGAUUCUCUGACCACUUUCCGGAGGUGCUGAGUGGAAGUAACUUAUGAGGGCUGGUGGAACUCGGAAGUCUUUCCUGAUGUCUUCUCGAGACGAAGAAGAACCCCACCAUAGAUUUUAUGUUAAAUUUUAUGGACCUUGUAGCUGUAGCGUGGCAUGGCAUGAUUAAGAGACAUAGGCUUGUUGUUUUUCAUAUGACUUACUAGUGUAUUAUCGUCCAAAAUAAAAAAAUUGUUUUCAGG